AAUCAAUCGAGGGUUAGGGUUUUAGAAUCUUAGAAAAGCUCCACCACAAUCAGAGAGGAAGACGAAGAAGAAGAUCGCAGCCAUGUUUCCAGGAAUGUUCAUGCGAAAGCCCGAUAAGGCUGUGGCCUUGAAGCAGCUCCGUACUCAUGUUGCUCUUUUCGGCGGCUGGGUUGUCAUCGUCCGUGCUGUUCCUUACGUCCUCUCUUAUUUCUCCGAUUCCAAGGAUGAGCUCAAGAUCGAGUUCUGAGACUCGGAUUCACUUUAAAAAUUUCAGUGUUGAAGCCGGUGAGAUGGAUGCAGCAUGAUGCAAUGGAAGGCAUUGUUUUUGUUUUUGCAAUCUUCUUACUCUUUAGCAUCUGAAAUAACCUAAUCAUGAGUUGAGACAUACCUUUAUUAUAUAGUGGUUUACUUUUGGUAUUUGACUAUUUGUUCUUUGUCUUCUGUUCU